GUCUGGAGACUCCGGGAAGGCGGGGCUGCUCCUGUCACGUGGUGCGCAGUUUUCUCGUCACGUGGCUGCUGCAGCUCGGGCUGCAUGAACUGGGGGAGGGCGCCCGGCGUCCUGCUCGGCGGAGGGAGACGGCAGGACAGAGGCUUGGUGUCUGCCCCAGAAGGCAGCCCGGGUGCAGUUUCCUGGGGCAGUUGUGGGGGACACUGAACCCGCCCUCCCCCCUGCUCCAGGCCACGCUGCUCCUGUCGUGUCUUUGGAUGCCAGCGCUACUGCCGGUGGCUUCCCGCCUUCUGUCGCUACCCCGAGCUCUGCUGUCCAUGGCUUCUGGAAGCCCUCCGUCCCAACCCCCUCCAGCCUCGGGCUCCGGCUACGUUCCAGGAUCAGUCUCUGCAGCCUUUGUCACUUGUCCCAACGAGAAAGUCGCCAAGGAGAUCGCCAGGGCAGUGGUAGAGAAGCGCCUGGCAGCCUGCGUCAACCUCAUCCCGCAGAUCACAUCCAUCUAUGAAUGGAAAGGAAAGAUCGAGGAAGAUAGUGAGGUGUUGAUGAUGAUUAAAACCCAAAGCUCCCUGGUCCCUGCUCUGACAGAGUUUGUUCGGUCUGUGCACCCUUAUGAAGUUGCCGAGGUGAUUGCACUGCCUGUGGAGCAGGGAAAUCCCCCGUACCUGCACUGGGUGCGCCAGGUCACAGAAUCGGUUUCAGAUUCUGCCACAGCCCCACCAUAAGGAGCCUUUUCCCUCUGUUUAAUGCCCCUGGCUUCCAUGUGAUGACCGAGCCCCCAAUAAAUCCUGCUCCUGAUGCCUUUUUCUCUUGUGACAUGGA